AUGAGAAUUCAUUCAUGCCAUUUUUGCUCCUCGCCUAUAUAUCCAGGCCAUGGAAUAACGUUUGUCAGAAAUGAUGGUAAGGUGUUUAGAUUCUGCAGAUCUAAGUGUCACAAGGCAUUCAAGCAGAGAAGAAACCCAAGAAAGUUGAAAUGGACUAAGGCAUUUAGAAAAUCUGCAGGAAAGGAACUUGCUGUGGAUAGUACAUUAACAUUUGCAAAGAGAAGAAAUGUGCCAGUGAGGUACAACAGAAAUCUCGUGAAGACGACGCUGAAUGCAAUGCAAAGAAUAGAGCAAAUCAGACGCAGAAGAGAAAGAGCCUUCUACAAGAACAGAAUGAAGGGUAACAGAGAGAGACAGUUUGCGUUGGACAAGAAGUUGGUGGAGGAGAACCCAGAAUUAUUGAGAAUGAGAGAUGUGGAACUAAAGGACAAGCAGCUAAAGGAACAGGCAAAGGAGGACCAAGAAAUGGAAAGUGCAGAGGAGAACGACGAAAGCGAGAUGGAGACUACAGACGAGGAGCAGGAAGAAGAGAAAUUGGCUGCCAAGAUCUUGUUAAAGAACAAGAGAAAGACCAGGGUCAAGUUCUAA